AGAGAAAUCUGAAGCCACAGUUACACACCAUAAUCAAUAUUGCCUCUAUAAACAGUCCAAUCAACUAAGAUUCUUUUUAUUUCUUCAAAAAUAACUAGUUUCCUAAAUGAGCAAAUUUUCUUUUAUUCCUUUUAAUGUACUAAUGUUGUAAACUUGUCAGGAACCAUUUUUUUUUUCUACUCUAUCCUUUCCCAUAAUACUUCCAUCUUAAUCUAUGUUAUAUACUUGGAGAACUAAGGAAAGAUUAGAGAUAGACAACGUCAUAUGAUUUUCUUUGUAUGAUACACAUUGUGCAUUCCUAAAUGGAAUAGGUUAAUAGUACACAUGAUGCGUUUUAUGACAUAAAAAACCUUGAUCUUUCAUUUGUGAUCAGACAUGGACAAGAGUUGGAUUGCAUUGGGUAAGACACCUGAUGGAAGGAUGAGUCAGCCAUUUAUUGAUGGGGUGACAUCAUUUAUCAAAUUUGCAAUGGCAGUUGUUGACCAGGAAGGUGGUAUUGAUGCCUUAGUGGAAGAUCGAAUAAGAGGAGAACCCAACGAUGCACCCCAGAAUGAGGAAGUACAAACGUUUGAUAAACUAUUGAAUGAUGCCAAACGUGAGGUGUACUUAGGUUGCACAAACUACACUCUGUUGAAGUUUGUCAUCGAGUUGCUUAAUAUGAAGGUAACAAACCACUGGAGCAAUAAGUCGGUUAACACACUAUUGGAGUUUUUAACAAAACUUUUACCAAAAGAUAAUUUGGUUCCAAAGUCAUUUUAUGAAGCUAAGAAAAUACUUCGUGAUUUGGGCUUGUCAUAUGAGUUAAUUGAUGCUUGUAUAAAUGAUUGUGUACUCUUUUGGAAGGAAAAUGCAAGGUUAGAUAAAUGUCCAAAAUGUAAGGCAUCCAGAUACAAGAUCAAUCGUGGCAGGGGUAAGAAGAUUCCCCAUAAGGUGUUGCGGUACUUCCCAUUAACACCAAGGUUGAAAAGAUUGUACAUGUCAAGAAAGACUGCUGAGGACAUGAGAUGGCACAAGGAGAAACGUAUAGAUGACGGAGUAUUGAGACAUCCCGCUGAUAGUGAUGAAUGGAAGGAAUUUGAUGUGCAACAUCCUUAG